GGGGCUGAAAGCAAAGUGGCCUGAGCCACCAGCAGUGGAGAGAGCAGUUAAGGCUCUGGUCACAAAGCCGCAGCUCCCUCCUGCCUGAAGAUGUUCCAAUGGAUUUGGGCAGCCGUGCUCUACCUCUAUGGCAUUCUGAACUCCAUCUACCAGUGCCCGGAGCACAGUCAGCUGACAACUCUGGGAGUGGAUGGGAAGGAGUUUCCAGAGCCGCACCUGGGCCAGUGGUACUUUAUUGCAGGGGCAGCUCCCACCAAGGAGGAGUUGGCGACUUUUGACCUUGUGGACAACAUUGUCUUCAACAUGGCUGCAGGCUCUGCGCCUAUGCAGCUCCAGCUUCGUGCUACCAUCCGCACAAAAAAUGGACUCUGUGUGCCCCGGAAGUGGAUCUACCACUUGACUGAAGGGAACACAAACCUCAGGACUGAAGGCCGCCCCGACAUGAAGACGGAGCUCUUCUCCAGCUCGUGCCCAGGGGGAAUCAUGCUCAAAGAGACGGGCCAGGGCUACCAGCGCUUUCUGUUCUACAAUCGUUCGCCACACCCUCCCGAGAAGUGCGUGGAGGAAUUCCAGUCCCUGACCUCCUGCCUGGACUCCAAAGCCUUCUUACUGACUCCCAGGAAGCAAGAGCCCUGCGAGCUGUCCAGUAACUGACAUCCAUGCCCCCAGACCAGUCUGAUGGGAGCUGAGAGAAGCUGGAGAUUCCCAAGGACCUUUCAAGAAUAAUAAAGACGAAGUUUCAAUCCUCA